GACUGAAACUCUGAAGUGUUUCCGGUCUGUGAGCAGUUCUUUAGAGAGAGAUCAGCCACUGCGAACAGUCUGUAGUUUGUUUCUCAGGAGUUUCACAGUUUAAGGAAACUUUAUUGGAGCACUUGAACGCGACAUGAACGCGCUGCUGCGGCGGUUCGACCUGCGGCGGGUCGGAACCACAUGGAGAGUUUUUAAUGACCUGAAACCCGGGACAGGUUUCCAUGUGACGGCCCCCAUGUCGACCUUUGACCUGAGGAGGGUUGAAUUAAAGCCUCUGGAGCAGCGGAAACUCACCUUCGACUCCCACGCCAUGGUGACGGAGCUGCAGAGCAGCGGAUUUGAGAAGCGUCAGGCGGAGCUCAUAGUUUCAGCUCUGGUCACUCUCACCACGGCGAACAUGGACAUCGUUUACAAAGACAUGGUGACCAAAUCCCACCAGGAAAUCGCUGUGCAGCAGCUCAUGGCUCACCUGGACUCCAUCAGGAAGGACAUGGUGAUCCUGGAGAAGAGCGAGUUCGCCAACCUUCGCUCUGAGAACUUGAAGAUGAAGCGAGAGCUGGAGCAGCUACACGACAGACUGAAGGAGGAGAGUCAGAAAGUCCGAGCAGAAAGCAAACUGGACAUCAACCUGGAGAGCAGCCGGGUCUCUGACAUGUUCACUGAACAGGAGAAGAAGCUGAUGGAGGCGACUUCAGAGUUCAAUCACAAGAAAGCCGACCUCGAACACGACAACAUGGAGAUCAACAAGAAGAUGGACCUGCAGGUGGCUUCACUCAAAACGCUCCUGGAGUCCCUCAAGCUGGAGACCAUCAGCUACCUGGCAGCGACGGUGUUCUGCUGCCUCGCCAUCUCUCUGGGAGUCUACCGGCUGUGGAGGUGAAGGAACUCGUAUUUAUACUCGACACGGAGUACUUCCAGAGAGUACACAGAGUACACAGACCAGGACGCCGCCGCUGCCGCAAUGCAACAAAAACCUGAUUCACUUCAUCUCCACAGAGUUUUACUUCAGUUAAAGUACCAGUACAACUGUGUAAAAAUACUCUGAUACAAGUACAAAUUUACUCAAGUAGAAGUACAUAAGUAUUAUCAGAGUUAUAAGGACUACCACUAUGCACUUACUCAAGUACUGGAUAUAAGUACACUGUUUAGGUAUUUCCACUUUUCUGGAGUAUUUCCAUUUACUGCAAAUUUUUACUUCCACAUUACUGCAUUUCAAAUAUUCAGUGGUGUAAGAAGUACUCAGGUCAAUCCUUUAAGGAAAAGGACCAGUACAGCAAAAAAAAUUUAUGUUGAAGUACAUAAGAGCUACCACUACACUACUGAAGUACUGUGUUAGUACAGUAUUUAGGUAUUUUAAUGUGUAUUUCUCUGGAGUAUUUCCAUGUAAUGCUACUUUAUACUUCUACAUUAUAAUUUAGAAGUAUAAAGUUGUGUAAUGUGAAGUAUUCAGUGGCAGAAGAAGUACUCACACCAAUCCCUUAACUAAAAGUACCAGUACAACAAUGUAAAAAUACUCAAAUCAACUUCCAACAUUCAAAAGCCUAAUUCAGUACACAAGUAUUAUCAGCGUCCUGUAGGUAAAGUACCAGCUCAUAAUACCUAAGUAUUAUACUUACAUAAUACUUUAAAUGCAGGAGGUUACAGAGUACUUUUAAAUUGUGGUAAUGCUACUUUUGGGGUUUGAGUACUUGUUCCGCCUCUCAAAUGGAGUACAUGAUGGGAAUAACUCGGUGUUUGUACUCUUCAGCUACUUGUACUGUAUGUUUGAUGCGUUUAUGGAACUCGUGCUGUUUUGGAAAGAAGAAUCUGUUUUAAUGAA